AUAAAGUUCCCCUGAUGGUUUCUGCCCUUUUGAAGAGCCUGAUUUUCUCUUAUAUAUAUAAGCUUUGCAAAGGAAUGUUUACAAAGAAAUUGGGGAAUCCUACUAAAAAGAAAGAGAGUCCGAGCAAAAAGGAACAGGAUAUUUCCCAAUUUGGCCUAUACAAAAAUCCCAACAUCUCAACUACCAUAAAAAGCACAGUCAAAAAAAGUGCCAAGUGCUCUUCUUCUUGCAAUUUAUCAACUGAAGGAGAUAUUGUAAAGAAAGAAUUUUCACUUUCUCCAACCUUCAGUUACCGGGUAGCAAUUGCCAAUGGGCUGCAAAAGAAUGCUAUUCUAGUUGGCAAUAAUAACGAGGAUGCAUUUCAAGAAGUAUCUUCUCUUGAUAGCUCAUAUUCUGAAUCUCUAAGUGAAACAAGGGCUGGCAGUACAACCAAGUUAUACACAUCUCACACCAUGCCAGUCAGGCGAAACAGGAAAAGUAUGAGCAGUUUAGCUCCAUCUGAUGGAAGUUCUGAUGGGGAACGUACCUUACAUAGUUUAAAAAUGGGUGCCCUACGCAAAUUUAGAAAAUGGAAGAAAAGUCAAGAAUGUGUUUCCUCAGAUUCAGAAGUAAGCACAUGGAAAAGAACAUGGGGGUUGCGGAGCAAGUCUUUAGACAGAACAGUUCGUCAGCAGAAAAGCAGUACGCUCGAGCCCAGCUUUAGUUCAACAGGGUGCAUAAGUCAAACCCAUGAUGUCAUGGAAAUGAUCUUCAAAGAAUUGCAAGGUAUAAGUCAAAUUGAAACUGAGCUUUCAGAAUUAAGAGGACAUGUGAAUUCUCUAAAGCAAUCAAUUGAUGAAAUUUCUAGUAGUGUUGAGGUUGUACAAAGUGAAAUUGAACAGCUGAGAACAGGAUUUGUACAGUCAAGAAGGGAAACUCGAGAUAUCCAUGACUAUAUUAAACAGUUAGGUCACCACAGUAGUAAAGUCAGUCUUAGAUUUUUAAAUGUGCCUGAAGAGAAAGGGGAAAUUAGUGAAAAUGUUGUUUAUAGAAUUUUAGUUGAGAAAAUGGGAUUUGCAGAUGCGCAAAACAGCAUGAAAAUUGAACUUGCACACAGAAUAGGACAUCAAAGAGACUGUCCCAAUGCAAAGCCUCGACCAAUUCUUGUUUAUUUUGGUACACAACAGGAUAGAGAUUUAGUUUUAAAAAAAUGUUAUAAACUAAAAGGAACUGGAAUAGGAAUUUCUACAGAUAUUCUUUCACAUGAUUUGAAAGGUAAAAAAGAAAAAGUGCUACCUUCUUCUCAGACUUAUGAAAGCAUGGAUAUGAAAUUUUCUGCCAUGGAGCCAAAGAUUAACCAUGAUGAAUGGGAAUGUCAGGAAGACAGUGACAAGGAAGUUGAACCUGAUAUCAACAGGAAUAGUUAUGCAAUGAUCUCCAAAUCAGAAAGUCAGAUGAAGUCCUCUGGGAGCAAAAAGAGUGGCCAAUCAUCUCACAAUAAAAAACCUCACAGAACAGCUGAUGUCACUUAUAAAAGCAAAGAUGACUAUGGGGAUCUUAAUUUUCAGUCUCCAGUAUCUGAUAGUUUAGAAAAAAGCAAAGUAUAUUACAGUGAUUCAACUCCUUUGUGGCAUUCACAAACUGAUUUUUCUACGCCCAAACUAAGCCGUUCUGAAUCAGAUUUUUCAAAGUUAUGUCAAUCCUACUCUGAAGACUUUUCAGAAAACCAGUAUUUUACAAGAACCAAUGGCAGUUCUCUGUUGUCCUCUUCUGAUAGGGAACUAUGGCAAAGAAGACCCGAAGACAGUUCAUCAACCUGGUAUGCAAGCUCACAAGAGCAAGCUUUUGGUAAUGAUGCAGAGCCUUACCAUGAAGAAAAUGAAAUAGAGAAUACUGAAACUGUUGACAGUGGCGUAAGCAAUGGAAUACUUUGUGCUUCUGGAGACCGUAGUCACUACAGUGAUUCUCAACUUUCACUCCAUGGUGAUUUGUCUCCUUGGAAGGAAUGGCACCAUUUAGAACAAGGAACCGAUUCUGGUCUUGACACAUCAACACAGCAUGCCUUUGGCUAUAAUGUUAACUGCCCCUCAGAACAACAGAUGGAAAUUUAUGCAAACAAUUAUGAAAAGUGCCAAAGUACAGAUCUUCCAUAUAACACGGAAAACUACAACUACACACUUGAUAGCAAUUCUCCAUCUUGCCCAGAGAUAUGUACUGCAGUACAAAGUCAAUGGACUAGUGAAUAUGAUUCCUAUAGUGAAACAAAUGCCAAUGAAAUUUACCAGAACCAAUCAAGAAUGCCAAUGAUGUAUCGUAGCCAGAGUGAGUUGCAAAGCGAUGAUUCAGAGGAUGCUCCACCAAAAUCCUGGCACAGUCGACUAAGCAUUGAUCUCACAGAUAAGACGUUCAGCUUUCCUAAGUUUGGCUCUACUCUUCAGCGGGCCAAAUCAGCUUUGGAGGUUGUUUGGAAUAAAAGCACUCAGAGUUUAAGUGGUUAUGAUGAAAGUGGUUCUUCAUUUAUGGGCAGAUUUAGAACUUUAUCACAGUCUACAGCUAAUGAAUCCAGCACAACUCUUGAUUCUGAUGUCUAUACAGAACCUUACUAUUACAAAGCUGAGGAUGAUAUUGAUCACAGUGAGUCAGCAGCUGGUAAUGAAAAUGGAGGUGAUUAUGUAGAGGUGAUGGAACAGGUUCUUGCCAAACUUGAAAACCGAACUAAUACAAAUGAGAAUUUCGAGCAGAUUCAAGAUUAUCAAGAAUAUGAAAACAGUUCAUAUGAUGCAGAGUUUGCAAGUCUACAAAUGGAUGGAUAUGAUACCCCAUAUGACGACUUGGUCUCUGAGGAUGUUUUAGAACCCGAAUGUGAAAUAGUUUAUGACAUGACAGAGAAUGACUAUGAAAACAAAAAUGUACCAGAAAAAGUUGUUGAAGUCCCAAAGAAGAAACAUAUUCGCCCCAGCUUUAAGGAGGCUGCAAUGAAAGCAUACAAGAAAGAAAUGGCCGACCUUGAAGAACGGAUCCUUGCAGGAGAUAGCAAAGCUAUGGAUGAAAAGGCUCGAAUAGUUGGUGGUGGUUCACUGGAUGCAUCCAAACUUUAUGAAAUACAAACAUCUGGCGGACCCGGAAGUGGGCUUUAUGGGAUUGACAGUAUGCCAGAUUUACGGCGGAAGAAGACUUUGCCUAUAGUGAGAGAUUUGGCAAUGACACUGGCUGCAAGGAAAGCUGGAAUCUCUCUUGCAAUGGUUAUCCGGACAUCUGUGAACAAUGAGGAACUGAAAACCCAUGUUUUCAAAAAGACCUUGCAAGCCCUUAUUUACCCAAUAUCAUCCACCACCCCUCACAACUUUGAAAUAUGGACAGCGACUACACCAACAUAUUGCUACGAAUGUGAAGGUCUGCUGUGGGGGAUCGCAAGACAAGGCAUGAGAUGUACAGAAUGUGGGGUCAAGUGUCAUGAAAAAUGCCAAGACCUUCUUAAUGCUGACUGCUUGCAAAGAGCUGCAGAAAAAAGUUCCAAACAUGGUGCAGAGGACAAAACACAACAUAUCAUUAUGGCAAUGAAAGAACGAAUGAAAAUCCGAGAAAGAAACCAUCCAGAAGUUUUUGAGGUUAUUCGAGAGCUUUUCCAAAUAUCCAAAGAGGACUUUGUGCAUCAUACCAAGUCAGCCAAGCAAAGUGUUUUGGAUGGAACGUCCAAGUGGUCGGCUAAAAUCAACAUCACAGUGGCUUGUGCUCAGGGGUUACAAGCAAAAGACAAAACAGGCUCAAGUGACCCUUAUGUGACUGUCCAAAUUGGGAAAACCAAGAGAAGAACGAAAACCAUAUUUGGAAACCUAAAUCCAGUGUGGAAUGAAAUCUUUCAUUUUGAAUGCCACAACUCCACAGACAGAAUAAAGGUGAGAGUAUGGGAUGAAGAUGAUGAUAUAAAGUCCAGAGUGAAGCAACACUUUAAGAAAGAAUCAGAUGACUUCCUUGGGCAGACAAUUGUUGAUGUGAGAACCCUCAGCGGUGAAAUGGACGUUUGGUACAACCUAGAGAAAAGGACAGAUAAAUCUGCAGUGUCAGGCGCAAUCAGAUUGAAGAUCCAUGUUGAAAUCAAGGGAGAAGAGAAUGUGCCUCCAUACCAUAUACAGUACACAUGUUUGCACGAGAACUUAUUCCACUACUUGACAGAAGUUCAGAAUAAUGGUAUUGUCAAGAUCCCUGAAGUAAAAGGAGAUGAAGCCUGGAAGGUUUACUUUGAUGACUCUGCACAAGAAAUAGUGGAUGAAUUUGCAAUGCGCUAUGGAAUAGAGUCUAUUUAUCAAGCUAUGACGCACUUUUCUUGCUUGUCUUCCAAAUACAUGUGCCCGGGUGUUCCUGCCGUCAUGAGUACCUUGUUGGCAAAUAUAAAUGCAUUCUAUGCACAUACAACCGUAUCAACUAAUGUUUCUGCAUCAGACAGAUUUGCUGCAACAAAUUUUGGGAGAGAAAAAUUCAUAAAACUAUUGGAUCAGUUGCACAACUCCCUCAGAAUAGAUCUUUCUAAAUACAGGGAUAACUUUCCAGCUUCUAACCCUGAAAGGCUCCAAGACCUAAAAUCUACAGUGGACCUGUUAACAAGCAUCACCUUUUUCCGAAUGAAGGUUCUUGAACUUCAGAGUCCUCCAAGAGCUAGCACUGUGGUGAAGGACUGUGUGCGAGCUUGUUUAGAUUCCACCUACAAGUAUAUUUUUGUAAACUGCCAUGAGCUUUACUCGCAGCUAUUGGACCAGGGUAAGAAGCAAGACAUUCCAAGAGAAGAACAAGGUCCAACAAUUAAAAACUUGGAUUUCUGGGGAAACCUCAUUACUCUUAUGGUCACUAUCAUUGAUGAGGAUAAGACUUCAUACACACCCGUUUUAAACCAGUUCCCCCAGGAACUGAACAUGGGCAAGGUCAGUGCAGAUGUGACGUGGAACCUGUUUGCUCAGGAUAUGAAGUAUGCAUUAGAAGAACAUGAAAAGCACCGUCUAUGCAAGAGUACAGAUUAUAUGAAUUUGCACUUCAAAGUAAAAUGGUUUUAUAAUGAAUAUGUGCGAGAACUUUCAGCAUUCAAGGAUACCGUCCCGGAAUAUUCUCUAUGGUUUGAGCCUUUUGUUAUUCAGUGGCUGGAUGAAAAUGAAGAUGUGUCGACGGAAUUUCUUCAUGGCGCUCUCGGAAGGGAUAAAAAAGAUGGAUUCCAGGCAACAUCAGAACAUGCCUUGUUUUCCUGCUCAGUGGUUGAUGUCUUCACACAAUUAAAUCAAAGCUUUGAGAUUAUCAAGAAAUUGGAGUGCCCUAAUCCAGAAGCGCUCUCUCAUUUAAUGAGGAGAUUUGCAAAGACCAUCAACAAAGUGCUUCUUCAAUAUGCUGCAGUUAUAUCCAAUGAUUUCAGCUUAUACUGUGGAAAAGAAAAUGUGGCCUGUAUACUGAUGAACAACAUUCAACAGCUAAGAGUCCAACUGGAAAAGAUGUUUGAAAAUAUGGGUGGGAAGGAGCUGGAUCCUGAUGCCAGUAUAAUGCUAAAAGAACUUCAAGUGAAGCUCAGUUCAGUGCUUGAUGAACUCAGCUGUAUAUAUGGCACAAGUUUCCAGAUCAUAAUUGAAGACUGUGUGAGACAAAUGAGUGUAGAAUUAAAUCAGAUGAGAGGCAAUGGAAACGCAUCCACAAACAGGAGCAACGCAGCCAUGGAUGCCGAAAUUGUACUGCGGCCUUUGAUGGAUUUUCUGGAUAAAACUUUAUCAGUGUCUGCCAAAAUAUGUGAGAAGACUGUGUUGAAACGUGUUUUGAAGGAGCUGUGGAAAUUAGUCCUCAAUAAAAUAGAAAAACAGAUUGUACUACCCCCUUUGACAGAUCAAACAGGGCCACAAAUUAUUUUCAGUGCAGCUAAAGACCUUGGACAGUUGUCUAAAUUAAAGGACCAUGUCAUUCGAGAAGAAGCCAGGAGCCUCACCCCUCGCCAAUGCUCCAUUAUGGAAAUCGUACUCGCCACUAUUAAGCAAUACUUUCACGCUGGGGGAAGCGGCCUGAAAAAGAAUUUCUUGGAGAAGAGCCCAGACCUCCAGUCUCUGAAAUAUGCUCUUAGCUUAUAUACUCAAACUACUGAUGCUUUGAUAAAAAAAUUUAUAGAUACUCAGACAUCUCAAGGCCAGUCCUCAGAAAGCUCUGUUGGAGAAAUUUCAGUUCAAGUGGAUAUCGUCACUCAUCCUGGGAAUGGUGAACAUAAGAUUACAGUAAAAGUUGUGGCACUCAAUGGCUUGAUUUGGCAGACUACAGCUAUGUUUCGGCCUUUUGUUGAAGUCUAUGUAUUAGGACCCAGUCUGGCUGACAAGAAAAGGAAAUUAAGCACUAAAACAAAAAGCAACACCUGGUCACCAAAAUACAAUGAGACAUUCCAAUUUAUUCUUGGCAAUGAAGAAAAGCCAGCAGCCUAUGAACUUCACCUGUGUGUCAAAGACUACUGCUUUGCCAGGGAAGAUCGUAUCAUUGGAAUGACAGUCAUCCAACUAAAGGGCAUUGUGGAGAAAGGGAACUGUGCAUCCUGGUAUCCACUGACAAAGAACAUCUUCAUGGAUGAAACCGGAUUGACAAUCCUAAGAAUACUUUCUCAGAGGUCCAAUGACGAGGUUUCCAAGGAGUUUGUAAAGUUGAAAUCAGACACGCGUUCUCCAGAGGAGGUCUAG